CGCUCGGUUCACCCUGCCCGCUACCUUGGGGGGGGAGGUGCCAGUGUGUUCCGGGAGCGGAGCUCGGGUCGGCCGCGUGCAAUGCCGACCAACUUCACUGUGGUGCCGGUAGAGGCGCAGGGCGAGGAGCGGGACCUGGCGGAGCGGGAUGCGCAGCGGCAGGAGGAAGAGGACAACAGGGAUCGGGGCUCCACAGGGGAUGGGAUUGCCAGGGAAAGUAGUCCAUUUAUUAACAGUGCAGAGAUGGACAGAGGAAAUAUGUAUGAAGGAAAGAAUAUGGCUCUUUUUGAGGAGGAAAUGGAUAGCAAUCCCAUGGUGUCAUCUCUUCUUAAUAAACUAGCAAACUAUACAAAUCUGACUCAAGGUGUGGUGGAGCAUGAAGCAGAUGAAGACACUAAGCGAAAAGAAGUCAAGGUUCCACGAAUGGGCACUUUUAUUGGUGUGUACCUGCCCUGCUUGCAAAACAUCUUAGGAGUCAUUCUGUUCCUACGUUUGACAUGGAUUGUAGGAACAGCUGGAGUUCUCGAGUCUUUCAUCAUCGUGUUCACUUGUUGUGCUUGUACUAUGCUAACUGCAAUUUCAAUGAGUGCAAUAGCAACAAAUGGUGUCGUUCCAGCUGGAGGUUCUUACUACAUGAUUUCAAGAUCUUUAGGACCAGAGUUUGGUGGAGCAGUGGGACUUUGUUUCUACUUGGGUACAACCUUUGCAGGAGCAAUGUACAUUCUUGGUACCAUUGAAAUUUUAUUGACUUAUAUUUCUCCAAGUGCUGCUAUAUUUAAAGCAGAAGACAGUGGUGAAGAAACAGAGGCUAUGCUGAAUAACAUGAGAGUUUAUGGAACAUGUAUUAUCAUUCUGAUGGCUGUAGUAGUUUUUGUGGGAGUCAAGUAUGUUAACAAACUUGCACUGGUCUUCCUUGCCUGUGUGAUUUUAUCCAUCAUUGCCAUAUACGCCGGAGUUAUUAAGACUGCUUUUGACCCACCUGACUUUCCCAUCUGUCUUCUUGGAAACCGUACGUUGUCAAAACGCAGCUUUGAUGUCUGUGCCAAAUUUACUGAAAGCAAUAAUGAAACAAAGACUACAACCUUGUGGCGCCUCUUCUGCAAUAGCUCUUUACAUAAUGCUACGUGUGAUGACUACUUUAGUCUCAAUAAUGUAACAGAAAUUCAAGGGAUUCCAGGAAUAAUGAGUGGAGUUCUAAUUGAUAAUCUGUGGAGUGCCUAUUCAGAAAAAGGAUCAAUAGUUGAGAAAAAAGAUCAGCCAUCAGUUUCAGGAUCAGAAGACAUAAAAAUUGGUGGACGCCCUUAUGUUUUUACAGAUAUCAUGACCUACUUCACAGUGCUUGUAGGGAUUUAUUUCCCAUCUGUAACAGGUAGAUAUACCUACUUUCGUAAUCUUCCUUUCACACAGAAUGUUAAGGCCUUAAUGGGAGUAGAAAAGACUAAAGGAUUUUGCCAGAUUGUGGUAUCUCCUAGUUUCAGAGAUGGAAUAUCACAUUUGAUUCAGUCAGCUGGUCUAGGAGGAAUGAAACACAAUACAGUCCUGAUGGCAUGGCCACAGUCAUGGAAAAUGACAGAAAAUCAUUUCUCUUGGAAAAAUUUUGUUGACACUGUACGAGAAACAACAGCAGCUCAGCAGGCUUUAUUGGUGGCUAAGAACAUUGAUUUGUUUCCAACAAAUCAAGAACGUUUUACCGAAGGAAACAUAGAUGUGUGGUGGAUUGUUCAUGAUGGUGGUAUGCUGAUGUUACUGCCUUUUCUCCUUCGACAGCACAAGGUUUGGAGAAAAUGUAAAAUGCGUAUCUUCACUGUUGCUCAAAUGGAUGAUAAUAGCAUUCAAAUGAAGAAGGAUCUUCAGAUGUUCUUGUACCAUCUUCGCCUGAAUGCUGAAGUGGAAGUUGUUGAAAUGUUUGAAAAUGACAUUUCAGCAUUUACAUAUGAAAAGACACUUAUGAUGGAACAGCGAUCCCAGAUGUUAAAACAGAUGCAACUAUCAAAGAAUGAAAGGGAAAGAGAGAUUCAGAGCAUCACUGGUGAGUCUCGAGGCUCAAUCAGAAGAAAAAGCUACUCUAGUCUACAGUCCAUUGGCCAAGAUGUACAGGCACUGAUGACUAAUGACUAUGGAGAGGAGGAGGCUCAACUGAUCCAUGACAGAAACACAGCCUCGCACUCAACUCCGGCUGUCAAAGCAAGUGCGGCUACUUCUGUGCCAGAAAAAGUGCAAAUGACCUGGACCAAAGAAAAGUUUGUAGCUGAAAAGCAUAAAAACAAAGACACCAAUGUGUCUGGUUUUAAAGAUAUUUUCAACAUGAAGCCAGAAUGGGGAAAUCUGAAUCAGUCGAAUGUAAGAAGAAUGCACACCGCUGUGAAGCUCAAUGGAGUGGUACUUAAUAAAUCACAACAUGCUCAACUAGUUCUCCUGAAUAUGCCUGGACCUCCUAAAAACAGAAAAGGGGAUGAAAACUACAUGGAGUUUUUGGAAGUACUGACAGAAGGUCUGGACAGAGUUCUCCUAGUCCGAGGCAGUGGACGUGAAGUGAUCACCAUUUAUUCUUAACCUGUUUGUUUUCCAUUUUUUUGUUUUGUGAUUCUUGGGGCAGGGGAGCAAAAUGUGCAACAUUAUUUGAUGUAAUUGGAGCAGCUUCAUUAAGAGCUCUAGCACAUUGAAAACGAUCUGCAAACUGAAUCUUCUGGUGAGGUGUUCUGUUUUUUUCUACUAAAAUGUUAUACUGAAAUUAUAUUUUCAAAAUAUUUAUGUUGAAAAUAUUUCUGUAGUGGAUUAAUAAAUGCUGCAUGGAUUAGGAUAUUUAUAUAUAGCAUAUUCUGACACCUGUUAAUCUGUGGUGAAACUAGAAAAGAAAUGGUAAUGCUAUUUUAUUUUUAAACAUAACAGAAAUGUAAGCAACUUUUGUUGUUCUUAGUUUCUGCUCUGUUUCUAAAUAAAAGGGAGAAGUUGGCUUCCUCACUUACAAAGAUGCUGCUAUGUUGCUUCUUUUGGGAUUAGUUCAGGAAACUUAAUUCAAAGAUGUGUUUAAAAAACACUCAAAUUAGGAUGUUGUUAGGUAUUUCAAAAUAUUUCCCUGAGGUUCAUGAUUUGCCACGCUUGCUUUAAAUAGCAUUUUUUCUAUUUAAAAUACUUCAGGAAAGGUAUGUAUAGUUCAAAAGUCUUCAGGUGACAGUAAUAGUAAAUUGUACUUUUUUUUUUUUUUUUCAUGAGCUACACUAUACUGCAUAAUUAUACCAAACAGUCCAAUUCAUAGGAAGUCUAUGAUGCAGUAUUGCCACUUACUGGAAACAAACUUACAGCUAUUAGUAAGCCACAGCAAACUGAUCAAUGACGUGUAUGUAGUCUCUUGUUUUCAAAUCUGUGUAUUUUGAGAAAUGUUGUAUGUACACACUGCUGUGAAAAUAAAAUCUCCUUUUCAGGAAAAAAAAAAAAAAAA